AUGUUAAAAGUCACCUCCGCGCUUAAUCAUAACAUCUAUUGUCAAAAGCAAUUUGUUAAUUAUUGUUUUGGUGGUUCAUAUGGAAAAUGCAUACAUAAAUCUUCAUUAUUGAAGUUUCCUCAAGUGGCUGCACUUAAAUUACCAACCAAUGUUGUUAACAUUCAUGCAACUGAAAUGGGAAGAUUUUCCCCGUUAAGGGAAAGAGAUCUUUCAGGUCCAGUUAUAAAUGCAUACAAUGAUAAACAUAAUAAUAUGGGAAUUGAUAUAACUGUCCAAUCUGAUCCUUAUGUUAAUAAAUAUGAUUGUCGCGGUGCUGUUAGUUUGUCCUCCUCAAUGCAAAGUAACGUACCAAGUCCAUUUAGUGGCAACCACACCCAUUUAAAUAUGCCUGGUUCAGAGUGGGGCCAAGGAUAUAAAUAUUUAUCUGAUCACCUUCAGGGUGCCCAUUAUCUGACUUUAAGAAAUGAGUAUCGUGGGAAUAAUGGAGCGGAGUCGAUGUAG